UGUUGCUUUCUGUCUUCUUCUUCCUGCUCGUCCUUCCGAUUAAUCAUUUGGCCACAAGAGAGGGCGAACUGCACCCCCGAUACGUGAAUCUCGGCGUCUCCGCUCGGGAACAACUUCGCCGUCGCGGUUCCUUUUAGUCGUCCCUGAACGAUGACAACAUGCUCAUGAGCGAUGGACUACUACGGGUAUUUUGGCCGUAUGAUCUCCCCCGGUCGUCGUCCCCGGGCGUGAUUGUGGGAUGGCGGAACUCGGAGCUUGACUUCUUUGUGCUCACGGUGCUGGAGGAUGUUGAGCCUCGGAAUGUCGACAAUGCUCUUCGCGCCGGAAUCCUCUUCCGCAAUAGCCCGCACCCGAUUGUGCGCAUAUUUACGCUCUGUGGACGCUCAGCCAUGCAUGUGCUUGGGUCGACUAACUCGCAGGACCCGCCGACGGUUUUCAAUCCGUCGCAUCUAUAUGUCAACACGCAACCGUCGUGCAAGGUGCCCCGGAUCUAUUGCCCGCCUGAAACCAAUCUGUCUGUUCAAGUGAUCAUGUUCAACCGGCCUCAUCCGACUCGAAUGGAGUACAUGUCGCUGAAUCCCAUUUCCCUCGCUCUGGGUGAUAAGGUCCUGACCACGGAUAAGUCGGAUUCCGUGUCGGAUAAGAUCGAUACCGAGGAAGAAGGGGAUAGAUCUCGGUCGGGCAAGCUGGUUGAGAAACUCAAACUGCAUACGGUCGUGAAGCAUGUCCCGUCGCACAAGGAACAGGCACUGCCCCUGAUCGUCAAUCAGGUCAACUGCGCGUACGAGAUGGGGAAACUUAUGGAAAAGAACAGUCAUCUGAUUGGGAUUCGCAUCAAGCGAAGCAUGAGUGUUGGGGAGCGGGUGGUAGAGUCUGCAACUACUCUAUGGGAUCUGUUUGUACUGGGAGUUUCUUAUGUGUUCUGGCAGUGGAUUUGGCCCGUGGUUACGCGGGUGUUCGUCGUCGGUCUGGUCUGCCAUCGCACCGUGGCGGAAGUGGUUUUGCAGAUUCUGGAGUGGCGCGCUCGUCCUGAUGCGGCCGCGCUGAAGGAUAUAUCAGCCACAGCCCAGCAGGUUGAUAUUCGGCUUCAGCAGUUUUGCUACUGGCCCAUUCAAUACGCCAAGUUGCGACAAAGGAAGGAUAAUUGGGAGAGCGUGACAACGAGUCAUCCGGAUUACAUCCGGUUCUACAACAGCUUGUGGCUUGUGGCCAACGAUGUGAUCAUCGGGAUCGCGCUGGGAUCGUACAUCAUCGACAAUGCCAACUGGGUGGCCUUUCAGAUUAAUUCCAUCCUCACGGGUUGGACGGUCGAGGGUCUGCAACGCACUAUUUCCUGGCUGAUGGACUGGCCGGCAGGUCUUAAACUAAACAACGAACUCGCUGCGUUCCUCGGUGAUCUGUUCUUGUGGGUGAUCGAAAACUGGGCCGCCUGCAUUGCGAAUCUGCAACCCUAUCUGCCUCAUGUGAUAUACAUUGUUGGAUGCUCGUCUUUCGCGGGAGCCAGCAUGCCCAUCGCGCUCUUUUCAGAUCUUGUGUCCAUCCUGACCGUGCAUAUUUACUCUUUCUACACCGCGUCGGCGCGCAUUUUCAACUGGCAACUCACCAUCAUCAUAUCUCUGUUCCAUCUUUUUCGCGGAAAGAAGCGAAAUGUGCUCCGCAAUCGUAUAGAUUCAUGCGACUAUGACCUUGAUCAACUCCUCAUCGGCACCAUCCUAUUCACCGUGCUUUUCUUCCUCUUGCCUACUAUCAUUGUCUUCUAUUUGGCGUUUGCAUCCGCGCGGAUGUUAAUCAUCUCAUUGAAAGCGGCGCUUGAUACAUGGCUGGCUUUUUUGAAUCAUUUCCCGCUAUUUGCACUCAUGCUGCGGGUCAAGGACUCUCGUCGACUACCCGGCGGGAUCCUCUUCGAGCUUCGGGAAGAGAACGACAAAUCAUCGGAUAGCUCGACUUCGGUGCCAUAUAUUCACCUCGAGUCAAUCCCCCUUACUCUUCGCGCCAUGUUCGACCAAUACUUCCAGCUCGGCCACCGACUUCGGAAACACUAUCUCUCGCCGCAGGUCAUUUUCUGUCUCUUCACUGGCCGCUUCGUGCCGCCCAUCCACCGUCGGAAUCUAUAUAGUAUGCAAUAUAGCAUGCUUCCUGCCCGUCGGGCCGGUAUGGCAGAAGUAUGGUCCAUUCUGACGCAGCCCCGGAAAACCCAUAGUACAGGAAGCAGCUCUUCCUCGAUGGGUGGGGGAAUUGGCAACGCGGCGAACGGGCUGCUUAAAGUGCCUGGAGGAUUUGGGCAAGGGGAUAUGAGACGAAGAGGACAUCGGUGAUUCAUGAGCUAGAUGUUUAUAGAUAGAUAUGAGUUUAUGCGAAUAAUAAUACACUAUUUCUG